CAAUACAUCUCAGCUUGAUCCUGUCUCGCUUUGCAAAAAAAAUCUGAAGGUCAUAAAUUCCAAUGUACUAUUCAGUUGUAGUACUCGUACUCGUACUCAUUAUCAUACCGUAAAGUACCUUAUCGACCCCUGCCGGACAAUACAUUCAUGACAUUUGAAACAACAUCAUGCUGGUUGUAAUUUUAUUGAUUGCAACGUAAUAGUCCGGGUAGAAUCAUUCGCAUCAAGUCCCAUCCGCUCAGUGGUCAAAAGAGAAAGAAGCUCAUUGAGUCACUGACUUCGAUAUCAUCCCAAGACAUGCUUCGAAUGAAUGGACUGGAUUGGAUAAAAUCGAAUCGAAUCAAAUCAAAUCAAAUCAAAUAGAAUCAUAUUCACACCCAUGGCAUCGAAACGACGAGAACGCAUCAACGCGUUUCUGCUGGUCAUCUUUCUGUUCAUAGCCGCAAACACAAGCUUCCUUUGUUACUAUGUAACGAAGAAGGAUGUCUCGGAGUGGGAGGGUCAUCUUCACGAGAACAUGAGGCUCCAUUACCAACUGCGCGACGAACCAGAGCAAAAAAGUGUGCACCAGAAACCCUCACAGCCACUUACGAACGACACGGGAACGACCAGCCAGCAUCAUCAGGAGCAGCAACCACGACCACAACAUCCACUUCUAAAUUGCACCCGCUACKGUGGUCCCUAUGAUUUCAACUCGUUGGACGAUAUGGUCUACUGGAAAGAAAUCCCAGAGGAUGCAACCUAUCAGUCCAAAUUUCACAAGGAUGGCGAUGAAGAACGCUUUCUCACUAUCGACACAGACCUUGGGGGCUUUAACAACCAGCGAAUGGUAUUUGAGAUAAACAUUGCUAUGGCAAUUGUCACGGGAAGAACCCUGGUCCUGCCUCGCGACCGAGUGGUUUCCCACAUCCAUACCGGGGACAAGUUUGCCAUGAAUUAUUUUUUUGACCUUCAAAAGAUUGCUUCCAGUUACCCCAAAGCCCUGAAACUCAUGAGUACUGACGACUAUAUUGCUCAAGAAGGCAGACCAGAAAAGCUCGACAUUCCGAGGGAUUUCUAUGGCUUUUCACUCAAGGCUGAUAAAAUCAUCAACGAUAUCAAGGAGAACCGCACCAAUCUGACCAGUAAUUACUACAGUCACCAUGACAUUUUUAUGGUGAAUAAUGCCGAAGAACUCCAAUGUAAUGUCUCCAAGCAUGGGAAGGAAUACUGUAGCAACUACACUGACUGGAUUGACCUCCGGCAUCGAGCAAAGCCCCGUAGAUUCCACCAGUAUUAUUUAGAUGAGUUUUUCCAUGACCAUCCAAAGGUGGUUUGCCCAAAGUGGGGCGCAAAAACUUGCGUUGCAACAAUUCCAGCCUUCAACAACAACGACAACAAUCACAUCAAUAAUGCAACUGCCAACAAACGCAACAACAACAUUAACAACAGCCCUGAUCGAUUCAAAGCCUGGACGAAGGACUUGAAGAGCGAAGACUAUUGGAAACGCCACAACAAGUAUGUUCGUAAUCCUCCCCUUGUGAAUGACCCACCAGAGAAGCGUCUCCCUGAGCUCUACCAGAAGCGAACCAGCCUCUGUGUCUAUGACCAAAAGAUGCAGCAAAGCAAAUACUAUCAUAUGCGGGACACAGCAGAUCAGGAGUCUAGGUCUAGGCUUCUUGGCCACUGGUAUGACUACAUUUUUUUUGAAGACUGGAAAGAAGACUUGUGGAUGAAGCGCUUCAUGAGGGACAAGCUCAAGUACAAUGACCUGCUCCAGUGUACGGCAGCCAAGAUUGUUGCUGACAUUCGCAAAACAUCCAAAACUCUAUACAAUCACUCUGAUGGCCAGUUUCACUCAAUGCAUGUCCGGAGGACAGACCUCACAACACUUUACAAGGAUUAUGAUAUUGACCGGAAUGCCUCGGAUAUCUACAACGACUUUUUAGAGCGCGACGUAGUCCCGAAAGAUAGUGUUGUGUUUGUGGCCACUGAUGAAGCUGACAAGCACUGGUUUGAUGUAUUUAGGGAAAACUACCAGAGGGUGUAUUUUCUGGAUGACUUUGUGGAGGACUAUUUGAAAGAUAUUCCAAAGGAAUACUAUGGCAUGAUUGACCAGCUGGUGGCCUCAAGAGGAGAGCACUUUGUUGGCACAUACUACUCAACCUUUACUGGCUAUAUCAACCGCCUGCGGGGCUACCACUCGCAGAAGCACUACAAUCCAAACCUAGUCAACUCAUUGAAAAAGCCCCCCAGAGAAGCCAAGGGGAUUAUUCCAAGCUGGUUCUACUCUCCAAAGAAAGUGAUUGAUUGGUAUCAGCAAUAUGCACCGGUGGGUUCAACCUUCUUUGAAAUGGAGUAUCCCCUCGCCUGGAGGAAUAUCGAUUUCGGCGUCGGCAUCGGCGCCGAUUCCCUUGCCUAGAAGAGAACCCAAUGCAAUUCGACGGAAACGGAGAGAAAUUCACUUCGGUUGCGACGCCAAUCUUACAGCUUAGGAAGAACUGAACAAACGAUACGAUACGAUACGAUACAAUACGAAUCGAUGCGAUGCGAUACAAUACGAAGCCACCACCAUCACCACCAAUUUCAUGGAACCGAGCCAACGAAACAAAUCUCGAUGCGGUACAAUCGUUACCUAUUUUGGAUGUCGAAUGAAGCACCAUCCGCUUGUUUGUGAUCCCCUGGCCGAGAGUUGGAAAGGAUCGUAAUACAAAGCACAGGGACAACCCUUCCCAAGUGAACUCACCACGAAGCUAGUAGGUUUGGUAUCCGAUCGAGCGAAACCGCACCUUCGACAUGGUUUUGAUUGCUUGCUAUGGAAAGUCAGUAAUUCACGGAUACUCCAGACGGCAAUAGAUAUUGCACAACCUUUUGGUUCUCUUUUUCGUUUCGAAUCCCCGAUCGUUCUCGAACGUGUAAGCGAUACAGAAUAUACCACCGACUAACGAACCAACCAGCAUACCUUCCGGUCCAACCAGAAUGGAAUUGUGUCUGGGUGCGAGUCGACGUAGCGGGAGGUGAAGCAGUCGGAAAACUUCUUGACAUGGAUUAAAAACACAACAUCGCCAUUUGGCCUUGCGGCAGAAUUUUUAUUUUCAGCAAACAGGAAGUAUUCGACAACGUACAUCGCGAUAAAUUUCUGAGCCUUUUUCGGGUGUAUUGAAAGUAUUACUUGUACUAGUAACUAUUGCUAGCAGCAGAACUAUGGUGCACACAGUAUUACAAUUUGAGAAUUGAAAAGCUAAGAAGUAUUACUACUAUAAGUGACAAUAAGGCAACUAUGGCGUA